UGUUGUAUAAGAGCAAUCCAAAUAGACAUAUCUAGUAUCUGAAAGGUUUUGUGCUGCGUAAGAAGUGCUGAUAUUCCACUGAGUGUAUGAAAAUCCAUUGUAUUGAUCCAUGUUUUACAGCUGAGGGCUCUGACAUUUUACUUCUGAAACACAUCGCCAGUUCAAAAAUCAUGUUUAUAAGCCAUUCUCACAAUAUUAAAUAUUUAAAUAUCAAAGCAAAAAAACAAUGUUUAUUUUGUUUUUUUGUGCUGUUAAAUUUGGCCCAGGGUCUUCAGGAGCCCAAGCACAUUAGUGUUAAAUAGAAGGUAUUAGUAUUUGUUUUAUAUGGUGUAUUCAUCUCCAAACUGAGGAUCCAUAUAGUAAAAAUAUAUAAUAGAGACAACGGCAUAAGCCCCAAUUACGUCUUAAAAUCAUAUUGAUGUUUACUGCUGACAAGAUAAUCGACAUCGAGGAUAAAGGCACAAUUUAUUACUCACUUAUACUAUAUAGAUAUAUGUCAUUUUAGAUGGUGUUUAAAUGCCUGAUUAAGUUUGAGUACUGUAAAUAACAUUGCUUUGUCUUCCAUCAAUAAAUCAUUAUACAUUUUAAGGCAAAGAAUAUGCGCCACUGUUACAUUUUUCCAUCACAAUGUGGUUUUCGGCUGCAGCACAGAAAUGAGAUUGCUCUCUCCAUGGCAAUCAGCCUGUCCUCUCUACAACUGCACAUCCAACCCAUUCUUCAGGUUUCCAAGAAGAAACUGUUAUGUGGGCUGUCUAUUUAGAGUGGCCUUGGUUUGUGAAAAGGAUGGAGAGAAAAAAGCUGCAGUUCUUUAGUAUGCUCUGGCUUCUGUAAUGAACUGAGAAAAGUAUUUGUGUUAGUGCCAAGUUCAGUUCAAGUCAGGCAAGGUGUGAUUAGGCCUUGAGCUGUCACUGUGUUCCCUUGCCAAACCUUCCCUCUAAAAUAAGUGUAUAUCUGCUGAUUGCAAAUGUUCCUCUAGAUAAAAGAAAGCUUAUGAAUUAUGCCCCUGUAGUGAAGCCCCUACUAAGUCAUGAAUGUGUUGCCAUACAGUGGAAAAUAACAUCAGAUUACAGCUGUUGAAGCUGGUGCUGCUGCAGAGGACUCAUCAUCAAGCUUCAUGAAUCAUAGAGCAGAGAGAGAGAGCGCCAUCCCAACACUCCCAGCAAGUCGUGAUCACUGCCGAAAACAACGGGGAUUUUAUGCAAGUAUUCCUCACGCCAGGCUCAUGAAUAACACAACCUCAAAUGCAUCGUUAUGGCAGGUGAUGCAGGUAUAGUGACUUCUGUUACGAAAACACUGUGUGUAGGUUAUAGAAACAUAAAAACACAUACAAAGUGAGAACACCAAAGAACUACCGUCAACAUGGCAGAGCUCUCAGAGAAUGAACAAAAUUAAUUGAAGCUCACACUUCACACCCACACUGUCCAUGAUUACAGGGAUUUGGAUAAUUAUCUAAACAAUUUGUCCACCAGCUCAUUCAUCCAUUUAUCCUUAAUGAGACAAGAGACACCUGCACGUAAACAUCGACAAGUACCUUGUAAUUAGGUUUGAGCAGAUCUGAGUGCAUUUUUUUUCACAGAUUUGCCUCAGAACAAAGUGAUCAAAAGCAUAAUUUAAUCAUCAGUUUGAGCACAUUUGGAAAGCUGCAGCAUACCAAAUGAAAAGUCUAGAACUCGUUUCUUCAAGGGAAAAUUACAAGAGUUUAAAGUGGAGAUAGAUCUUGUCUGCUUUUAUUUUUUUGUUUGUUUGAGGGCUUCUUGAUGCUUCUAUAAAAGGAAUGUGUUCUGGAUGAGGUCCUGUGACGCAGAGACUGCGCUUGGUGUGGGUGUAUAAGAGUGGACGCUCGGCUCCAUUUCGAGCACACAUGGACAAGCAGCCGGGCUGGUGAGAUUUUGACAGCCUCUCCUCUCAGUUCCCGGAGACGCUAGACAGAACAUAGAGAUGAACACAACUGAGAGGUUUUACUUUCCCGUUGAUGGCAUCUUCGAAAUGUUCAACUCUCUCACCAGCCAUCACCAAUCACACAUUACGCACCUAGUCCUGCAGAGCACAGGCCUUACCCCGGCACUCCAGCACCCCAAAGUCUCAAACAUAUCGAAGACAGGUAUGGGCAUCAUCAAAUCGGUUAAAGGGCGAUGGAGAGAACAGGAUAAGAGGGCGGCUGCGAUUAGAUCCUCAAGUUCUGGCAAUCGGCAAGUAUCAACAGAUCGAGCCCCAAAGAGGUCCGUGGAUCUGCUGGAGUUGGGUCUGACCAAGCCCAGGAACUGCCACAGAGUAGUUGUGCUUGGCGCACCCAGAGUAGGCAAAACCAACAUCCUCCAGCGGUUUUUGGGUAAAGAAUUUGAGGAGCACUAUCAACCCACAACUGAGGACUUCCACAGAAAGCUGUUCCACAUCGGAGGGGAGGCGUACCAGGUAGAUCUUCUAGACGCAUCAAGUGAGAGGGACUUCCCUGCAAAACGGAGGUUAUCUGUACUGACAGGUGACAUAUUUCUGCUCGUCUUCAGUUUGGAUGACAAAGACUCUUUCAGUGAAGUCUGUGAGCUGCUGAACGAGAUCAAAACUGCCAAGGCAAAGUUACUAAAAUUAAAAAAUCCCGCGAGAGUGCCGGCCGUGAUAUGCGGGAAUAAAGCGGACUUGGAAACGCGGAGAGUCGUCAGUCGGUCAGAAGUGGCAGAAGUCCUAGGUGAGGGGGUCUCAUUCUUCGAAACCUCGGCUAAAGACGGUUCCGGACUGGAGAGUAUGUUCGGAGCUCUUGCCUCCCUGGGCGGACUGCCUGACGAGACCAGUCCGUCACGGCAUCAGAUCGUAUCCAUCCCCACCUACCAGUCGCUUUGCAUCGGCCAGCAAGGCAGCAGAGGGAGCCGGACGCGGGGACUGAUCGGUGCGCCCUGUGCCGCCGUGGACCCUCUGGCUCGCCGCCCGAGCUUCAACAGCGACCUGCAGCUUGUGCUUGGAUCAAGCACCAAACACAACAAACCAGAGAAGUGUCAGAUUCAAUGAAUUGUGAGCCUUCUCGAUAAACCAAUUGUAGUAGUAUGCUGCAAUGUCUUAUUAUGUAUGGAGUUAUACUCUGUAGCACCUGGCUGGACCAGUGCGUUCAUAUUUUAUUAUCAUAUAGGCUAUGUUACUGUAUUAUGAAAUCCUACAAUAAAACCGUUUUUGUCAUAUGUGCACUGUCGUCAUCUGUUCAACACACACAUGUAGUUCAUUGAUGAAACAGGUGAUGGAGACAGAUACCGUUAGAUCAUGGUCAUAAACGUCAGCAACCAAUUGUUUUCAAGUGAUGAUGCAAAACCUAGCCAUACAUGUGUGGGAGGGAGGUGACUCAAGCACCGGCCUUAAACGUCUCCUAAUAUCCGCUAUCAGAGAGACUGCUCACAUUUCAGUGCGCCCACGGCACCAAGGACCGAGGUGUGUCAGUGCCUGUUAAUCAGCACCAGGAGUCCACACACACGCACUCAUGCAUCACCGUGGUACUUCAAGGAAACAAAGAGUUAGAGCAUCCUUUAUUAAAGAGGGGGGAGGUGAAAUCAGCACCAUGGAGAGAGCCUGACCGGUUAUUAAACUCAGCUCUGACUGCAGCUCUGCCGCCGGGCAAGUUCAAUUUAUGUCAUAUCGCUGAAAAAGAUUCAUUAAAGAGUCGCUUAUUGACAAUGAGGGCAGAGAAAAUUUUGUAACACUGCUUUUCAGGCUCCUUUCCAUCUAUCAUUUUUCCCUUUACUCAAGACCAAACACAAAGUUCUGACACUAUUAUUUAACCUUCGUUGGUUUAGUUUGCUGAGUUGGCUGAUUUCCAGAGAAAUCUCUGUCAAAAAUCUGCUCCAUUAAAACCCAAAAAGAUAUAUUCAUCCAUUAUUCAAGCAUUAUUGUAAACUUCACUUUUCAUAUAAAGGAAGAUAACACAUUGAAGGAGAAACCUGGAAAAUGAGUGGAGAAAACAGGAUGACAGUGCUCAUUGGGCUCAAGGUGUCACUGACUGGUUUGACAGUAUGAAAAUGAUGUGAAUCAUAUGCUUUGGCCUUCGAGGUAAGAUCUAAGAUCUGAGGCCUAUUGAACACCUAUGGCCGAUUGUUUAUACCAAUGAGUCAGACAGCGCUCUCCACCCCCAUCAUCAAAACACCAAAUGAGGGAAUAUUCUUAGGAAGAAUGAUGUUCAGCCUCCAGUAGAAUCAAGACAACAUAGUGGCCCAACACUUUACUAAGGCACUUUAUGUUUUUCCUUGAAUUUGUCACCUGUGUGUAUGUUGAAUUGUAUGCGCCUGGACACUAAAAGGCUCCAAUGAAGUCUAUUUUCUCUUUAAUUAAUACACAGAUCUUUCCGAGGAAAUUAUUAGAAAAUUAAGUUAUUGCCAAAGAUUUUUCCCCUGUUUACAUUUUUAUAAGGAUUAAUGAAUGAAAUGAAAGUUCCAAAAGAGAGCAGGAGUCUUUUUCUGAUAAUGUGCUGAGGCCACAGUCAGAGCUGGCCAGAACAUAUAUAUUAAUUCAGAUGGUGUGCUAUCUACAGUAUUAUACUUGAUAACUAU